CCAAGAUGGAGGACGACAACGCUGCUGGUGCUCUCGAUAACAUCGUCACUGAAUUUAACACUUACGAGGAUUUCUUGGACUCGCAAAUCACUUCGUUGGAUUUAUAUUAUUUAGAGGAUGAGGAGUUGGCCCGCCAGCUGGUGGAGCUGGGGUACAGGGGAAGCGGAGAGGUACUCAAAAGGGAAGAGUUUGAAUCAAGGAAAGCAGCUGCAGAGGCCUCCAGGCUCUCUAAAAGAAGCCAGCAAAAAACACUGGCAAGUGCAGGAAAAGAACUCAAAGAUAACUUCCUGAAAGCCCUGGCACAGCGAGAGGAAGCCAACCGCAGUGGGAAAAUGACCUCCAUCAUUUUCAUAAGGGACCGGAAUUCUCAUGGGCAAGAAAUAUCAGGAUAUAUAGACUACGCCCACAGACUUAAAACAGAAGAAUUUGAACCAUAUUUCAAUGGAAAAAAGAGACUUCUGCCGAGACCAACUGAUCUAAGUUUCUAUAACUGGGAAACACAAGUUUCUACAUCAAAUCCCAGCCCAAACUACCAGGUCAUUGCUGAGAAUUUGUCUGGACUGCUUUUCAAGAACAAGCGGGACAGGAAAAUACUAAAUGUGGAUCCAAAGGUGUCCCCAGGUGAUAAUUCUACACGUACACCUGUACAAACAUCCCUCUACAUCCAAGCUGUGAUCUAUGAUCACAUCACCAGAAGGAAGACCUAACUAAAACAUGGGGCUAAAAUGUGUAGCAAUUAUUUUUAUUAAGUCAUUGCUGGGCAUGAAAUAAAUAACAAAAAAAACAAAAUUAAAUGUGUUUUAAUGAAAAACCCUCACUGUCAUUUGUUUGCUUGUACUGCAGCCUUUUACUUGCAUUCGGUAUU